AUGAUGCCCCAGGCCAUUGGCCAAGCGCCCUUCUAUUUCUACAACACAGAGUCCAAGCAUGAUGUGCGACAACAUUAUCCUCAACAGCAGAUGCACAUGUACCCCAUGGUCCCUACGUUGCCUUCAACUCCCGUCUACUCUCGACCCAGCUCAGCCAGCAACUCUCAGCCUCCCACUCUGUACAGCAAUGGUCCCGCCGUCAUGACUCCUACCGCCUCUCCUCAGCCCAUGUCGCAUAAGCCUGCCAUUCUGUUGGAGAACGAGCUGUACGAGAACUCGUACUUCCCAUCCACACCACCUCUGUCAACAUCUGGCAGCACAAUCGGUAGCCCCAGUGCCUGCGAGGUGCUCCAGACUCCCAUGAACCCCAUGUUCUCCGGUCUUGAUGGAAUUGAUGGCUUCAAGGAGGCUCUUGAGCCUGUUGAGACAGCAGUCCUCGACUGGUCGAACUGCGGAUCUCCACCCAUGACACCUGUCUACCUUCAGUCUCAACUCGGCAAGAUUCCCUCUCUUGGCAACACCGCCAGCGACAUCGCGUCCACGCCGUCACUGUCUCCCUCACCCGCGCCCUACGCUCGAUCUGUCUCGACUCCUGAUUUGGACGUUGACUUCUGCGACCCAAGGAAUUUGACUGUCGGCACUGGUGCUAUCAACACCACUCUCGCUCCUGAGUUCUGCGCCGACGAGAUCAAGGUUGAGCCCAAGAUUGCUUCUCAGUCCUUUGACUUCACCCCUGCUGCUCACGGUCUCCCCACCUUUGAAGACUUUUCCGACUUUGACUCUGAGGACGACUUUGUCAACAGCCUCGUCAACCUCACUGAGCAGCCUGCCGGUGCCUCUGCUGACAUUACCCGACCCCGAGCUUGCACUGGUUCUUCAGUUGUCUCCCUUGGCCACGGUAGCUUCAUCGGUGACGAGGAUCUUUCUUUCGACGAGAACGAGGCUUUCCAAUUUCCCUCUCACCCCAGCCCUCCUUCCACUUGUGCUUCCGAGGACUGCCACAAGGAUAAGCGUGUGAAGAAGUGUCACUCCGAGGCGAACCAAACUAGCCCCGUCAUGAAUGUUGCUGCUUCCGCUACUGAGUCUGGCAACCACCAGGAGUCCUCCAACCAGACUGCUGAAGGCAGUGACUCCGGUGCCUCCUCCGGCUCAGAGGGCUCUCCUGCCCCUCUGCCCGCCCCUGCCAACCGUCGGGGACGUAAGCAGUCUCUCACUGAGGACCCUUCCAAGACCUUCGUCUGCGAUCUCUGCAACCGCCGCUUCCGUCGUCAAGAACACCUCAAGCGCCACUACCGCUCUCUUCACACACAGGAGAAGCCUUUCGAGUGCAACGAGUGUGGCAAGAAGUUUUCCCGCAGUGACAACCUGGCCCAGCAUGCCCGAACACACGGCAGCGGUGCCAUCGUCAUGAACUUGAUCGACGAAGACUCGCACGGCUAUGAUGCCUCCAUGGUGUCUGCGACAGACGACUAUAGCAACUACGGCAAGGUUCUGUUCCAGAUCGCUUCUGAGGUUCCCGGUAGCGCCAGCGAGCUUUCCUCCGACGAGGGAAGCAACCAGGACAAGAAGAAGCGCAAGCGUUCCGACUAA